AUUUGGGAUCUAGCACAACUUCCAUUGCCAGUCUCCAAUAAUUCCUUUGUCGUGUUCCCUGUUGAAUCCUCAUGUGCCAUCCAUGCAAAGCAAACUCAUAUGUGUUGUUUUUGCAGAUUUUGUUGCACUGCUAAUUCUAUAUAUUGCCUCUUUAACUAGUAGGGUACCUGUACCUCAUCCACCCAUCUUCAACUUGUGAUAAAUUUCUCCUACCUCCAUUCUGAUAUCUCAACUCAAUAAUAAUAGCACACCAUGGUUGCUUCCCUCUCAACCCUGGUUCUUCUAUUGUGUGUUAUUUCCACGGUAGCUUGGUACUCAUGCCUCUACUUCCUCAAACUCAACAACAACACUCAGAAGAAGACCCUUCCACCGGGCCCACCGGGCCUCCCUAUCUUCGGGAACCUUCUAUCUCUUGACCCGGACCUCCACACUUACUUCGCCGGCCUGGCCCAGAUCCACGGCCCAAUUCUCAAGCUCCGACUCGGGAGCAAGCUCAGCAUCGUCAUAACCUCACCGGCCAUGGCUCGCGAGGUGCUCAAAGAGAAUGACACCGUUUUCGCCAACCGCGACGUCCCCGCCGCCGGAAGGGCAGCAACCUACGGCGGCUCCGACAUAGCGUGGACUCCGUACGGACCGGAGUGGCGGAUGCUGCGGAAGGUGUGCGUGCUCAAGAUGCUGAGCAACGCCACGCUGGACUCCGUGUACGACCUGCGCCGCAACGAGAUGCGCAAAACCGUGUCUUAUUUGUACGGUCGAGUGGGGAGCGCGGUGAAUAUAGGAGAACAGGUGUUUCUGACGGUGAUGAAUGUGAUAACGAAUAUGAUGUGGGGAGGGGCGGUGGAAGGGGCGGAGAGGGAAAGCAUGGGGGCGGAGUUCAGGGAGCUGGUGGCGGAGAUAACGCAGCUCUUGGGGAAGCCGAAUGUUUCGGAUUUUUUUCCCGGGUUGGCCCGGUUCGAUUUGCAAGGCGUGGAGAAACAGAUGCACGCUUUGGUGGCCCGGUUCGAUGGGAUGUUUGAACGAAUGAUUGAUCGGCGAACGAAGGUGGAAGGGCAAGACGGGGAAAGCAGAGAAAUGAAGGAUUUUCUGCAGUUUUUGUUGAAGUUAAAGGACGAAGCCGGUGACUCCAAGACGCCACUUACCAUCAUCCACGUUAAGGCACUGCUCAUGGAUAUGGUUACGGGUGGAACUGAUACAUCUUCCAACACAAUUGAAUUUGCAAUGGCAGAAAUGAUGCACAAUCCAGAAAUAAUGAAGAGAGUCCAAGAGGAGUUGGAAGUCGUAGUAGGAAAAGAUAACAUGGUAGAAGAGUCCCACAUUCAUAAGUUGUCCUACUUGCAAGCUGUGAUGAAAGAAACUCUAAGGUUACAUCCUGUGCUUCCACUUCUAAUCCCUCAUUGCCCUAGUGAAACCACCAAUGUGGGAGGCUACAGAAUUCCAAAGGGGUCUCAAGUGUUCCUGAAUGUUUGGGCUAUUCAUAGGGAUCCUUCCAUUUGGGAGAACCCACUUAAAUUCGAUCCUACAAGGUUCUUAGAUGCAAAAUGGGAUUUCAGUGGCAAUGACUUCAAUUAUUUUCCCUUUGGAUCUGGAAGAAGAAUUUGUGCAGGAAUAGCAAUGGCUGAGAGGACGGUUUUGUAUUUUCUUGCCACACUUCUGCACUUAUUUGAUUGGACAAUACCUCAAGGAGAAAAAUUAGAUGUGUCGGAGAAAUUUGGUAUUGUUCUCAAAAAGAAAAUUCCUCUUGUUGCCAUCCCCACCCCACGAUUAUCCAACCCAGAUCUUUAUAAUUGAAUGCAAUAUUUAUGUACUAAUGAUGGGAAUAUAUCUGUAAUCAAUACUCAACAGUUCCUAAUCCCCAAUGCUACAUAUUUCUACUUCUAUGUUAUUUCCGUGGUUCAAGUUUAGGCAUUGAGCAAUAAACAAGGCCUUUAUAAUUUGUUUCUAUCUCAUUUAAAUUUUUUUACUGGAAAGAAUUAUUUUCUA